AAACACAGGUAAUCAUAAUAUUGGAAUUGACAUGUCGACAGUUGAUACACAAUGAUCAUGGCGAACGGAAGGGAAUUGUAUAGUACUGUGAUCCCAGAAUGGAAUAGUGAGCAAAUACAACUUAAAAACUUGGUAAUGAAAUCUGAUUUACCUAUAGUGGCAAAAGUUGUAAAAGGACAGUUUAAUAAUUUAGGAGUUUCAAAAAUCCCUUUAAGAAAACUGCAUCAAGAAGUUUUUGUACAUUCGAUUAAAACUGGAGUAAAAGUUCUAGCACAUAGUGUUCAAAGAUAUGAAACGAAAGACGGACUGUGUCGCAUAGUGCCGUUGGACCAACGACUCUCUAUACCUAUAUCAUACAAAGGAUGGUUUGAAAUACUCUCAGAAGACGGUAGGUCAUCCAGGCCCAUUGAAAGUGUACAGAAACUUGCCAAAGAAUUGCCAAAUAAAUGCCUAGUUCGCCAAAAUGUUAAAGGCUUUGUAGCGAGUAGUGAAGGUAAAUUAACUUAUGACAAUUCAAAUAUAAUACCUGCAGGCGAACAGUUAAUAUUAUCAGGAGAAAUUACCACACAGACUUCCUCGGGGGAGCGGUUGAAGUUUUUGAAGUGUACUGAUUCGAGAAACAAUACAUUAUUUUUAAGCUUUGAUCAAAGAGGAUUAUUCACGCCUAUAGCAGGACCGAAUGAUGUUGCCGGUGUCUUUACCAUUAAAGAUAUACUCAGUCGAUUUAGACUUCCUAUGACUGUAAAACUUGUGCAAGGGGUUUGGCCCAAAGUUGACAAAAAUCGUUUUACAGGUUUAACACGAUUUGAUUGGGCAUAUACCGACGAAACAGCCUUUAUGUGCCCCAUCGACAAGGGUGAAAUUAGGAUAACACCCGUUCCAACAGACGUACCCUUCAAACUAGUGACAGCCAAAAACAUGUCCAAUAUUUCUCUGUCAGUGCCUUGUCAAGAUAUGAUAACAAAAUGCAACAAAAUGGUUGCUAAUUAUAACAAUACAAUUCAUCUAAUUAUAUCUGUUCCUGAAUCUGUGAAGAAAAAUCGGACUCACUCUUUAGCGAAUAUCUUUUCUGGACAAACCAAAACACCUCUAGAAAAUAAAAACGGAAAUAAACUUAAACGAGCAAGUAGUCGCGAAGAUAUUCUCAAUGAAGAAGUUGAUGACCUCUAUCAGUAUCUCAGGGAAGGAAAACUGCCACCGAAAAGCAAAUUUACAUAUGAAUCUGAUGAGGAAAGCUACUUUGAGGAGCCGGCUUAUGAACCUCUUGAUGACUUCCGUUCCCGUCUCGCUAUGAUAGACAAAGGUAAACCUGGAUAUAACAAUAGUAAAUAUAAACCAACGACUAUGUAUGAUAGUCGAAACAGUGGAUCAUCACCAACAUACGUACGAAUAGAGAGUAAACCUCAAACUGAACGUAUCAGGGAGGACUCGCCUCCUCCAGUUCCUCCACCCAGACGGUUCUCUCGCUCAGACUCAGCACCUCAGAUAGAAAAUCCUCGUCCAACAGACUCAUCAAGUGGGUCAAGUUCAAAAGAAAUGCAUCGUAUAGUAAGUGAAGCAACACUACAGAGAAAAACCAAACUGUCUAAACAUAAGGAUAAAUAUAAGCCUAAACAACCUCCUCAGCAACAGGAGGAUAAUAGGAGUUCAAGAACUGGGUCGUCAGGCACCCGACGCCAUUCAUUAAACACUUUGUAUUUAUAACGAUUAUUUAUUGGUGUCCACACUUAAAAUGGUGCAUGCAUGUUGAAUCCUUUCCAGAGCGAGUUUGUGUGUUGUUUUAAAAGAUAACUAGUCAAAAGACCGUGAGAGAUUAUAUUUUAUUUAAGUAUUAUAAGCAUCAAAGUCAAAAUUUUAUCAUGUCAUGUUUUAUUAUAUUAUUACUUAAAGUAACAAAGUUGA